AUGGAUGACAAUAUCGAAACCUUCAACCUGACCCCUUCAGAGACCCAUGACUCCUCUGAGAGCCAUGACAUCUCACUGGAAGGCAACGAUGACGCUCUACCUUCUACAUCUACUCCCGAUCCAACUCCUAGUGGCCCGCCCAGUGUUGGCGAGCAUGAAGCCGCCUUUGAAGAUCCAGGACCGUCUGUCGAUCAAGACACCCACGCAGCCAGCGACUCUGAAGCGGAAACGUGGUCCGGCUUCUCACAUCCUGAGGCACAGUAUAAUAUUGCUUUGCAGAGACUACUUGAAAAGGCACGCAGCAGGAAGCAAAAGGUGAAGAAAUUGGAGGAAGAGAAAAGGAAGCAUCUUGAAAAGGAAAAGAGACUUGAAGCCGAGCUCAGACAGCUCAAAGCGUGUAAAUCGAGACGCACUGAAGUGACUUGGCCAUCGCUUUUUGAUGGUGAAGGUAGCCGAGACUGGACGGCAAUUUACAAGCUUGCCUGUAUGGAGGGAAAUGCUUCGCCUCUCGUCUCCAAGAUACACCCAGACCUUCGUUUGAGAGGACCUACAUCAGAAGAGCUACAAAAUGAUUUGCUACAGAAGGACGCGGCCCCUCUCCGGACGAUGCCGGAAGCUUUCAGAGUACCUGCAGACAUUCAGUUCCGGAUCUUGAAGCACUUCUUCCACUUCAAAGGCAAGGUCGUCCACGCCAUAUCUCGCCUUGAUCCGAACCACGCGGAAGACAGUGCGCCUCUGAACCGUGAUGGGAAACCAAGCUUCCACCACCGCCUCCACGUGGGCAGGAAACCGGGUCGCUUUGCCAAAGGGAUCAGAGCAAACGUGCAACGACUGCAGCAUGUCGAAAUCCUCUGGAUAGGAUCACAGUACAUGGCUCAUGAGCUGAAUGAGCGGAACAAGUACACCUCGCGCCGCACAUACUCGCUCAUCUGGCUUCCAGAGGCCAUUCGCCUCAAGACUCUGGGAAUCUACCUUCCAGAGUCUAGCAAGGAUUACAUGCGUCGCCGACACGAGACAAAUGGCAUGGUUCGUCACAUGCAGCGCAAGUCCCAGCUUCAUCCCAACUUCAGAGGCUUCCGUCAACUACGCACGCUGCAGGGGCUGGACUAUAUUUCCUGCCUCCGGGGUCUCGAUCGGGCCGAGUUUUGGGAUUUCGACCGGUGGCUGGAUACGGCACAGAGAAAGCGUCCGGUGCGAGAUUGGCACUUCGUCCAGGACGUGAAUAACGCUGUCCGGAGGCCAAAGGAGGCUGGCGAUCGAUGCCGAUCACAGCUGAAGAAUCUGUUUCCUUUGAUCCCGUCGUUUGCGCCAUCGGAGAUGGACUGGGCAAUUCUGCUCAAUGGUCUCGAGAGCUCAGAUGCUCAAGGACCCGGACCUGGAACGCCCGAGGAGGUAAAUAUGGUGGGCGACAGUGGCUCUUCGUCGGAUUCUAGUUCCGAGAGCGAUUCUGACUCUGGUUCAGAUGAUGGCAGCGAUGAUGGCGAGGAUGACGCCGUUCAGAGCUCACAAACCAGUAGUAUGAUUCCCCGGCUGCGCGAUCUGCAGUUACGAAACAACGACGAUUCUCAGGUGGAUGCGCAAUCGUCUGCUAUGGAGGUGGAAGCUCAUGCCGGCAAUGAUCUGGAAAUGGGCAAUGGCCAGGAGAUGGAUGGUGAUCAGGAUAUGGUCAUGGACGAUGGUCCGCAGAUGGUCAUUGAUCAGCAUAUGGACCACGAUGGGGUUGGUGAUGAUGAGGCUACAAUCGUUCCGGAUAAUCGAUCUGUCGCCGGAGAACAAGUCGUCGACCUUACCAUGGACGAAAAUGGACAGCAGCCAGAGCAAGAGCCAGUCAGUCAAAGCACGGCGCCAGCAAGUGGGAGUAGAUCAGAGAGCCCGUUGUUUGUUGACGACUACCGACCCUCAUACUCGCCAUCGCCGACAACGACCAACAGCGACGACAGAGACACAGCGGCUGAAGCGGAGAACCGAUCGCAGACAAGCGGUGGACAGGGAGACGAAGAAAGCCUCUUCAUCGGCAGGGCGCCGACGCAUUUGCAGCAAACGCCAUCGGUGGCUGGGAGGCCAAUCCUCUGGAGCCCAACGGCGUCGAGAGACAGCAGAUCAGUGAAGCGAGAGGAUAAAGAUCCGACGGACAAUUUCUUGCCUGCUGAGAACUUGAACGGCACGCCUUCCGAGUCUCGUAAACGCGACAUGGUCAAGGUUGAGGGAGGGGAUGGACAUGUUGAUGGUGAUGGUGGUUCGGGGAGUGCGAAGAGGCCUCGUAUAAGCGAGUUGCGCGGUUCUACGUGCCGAGUUUUUCAUUCAUUUGGCUUUUAA